UCAAUUGUUGUAUAUAGCAAGCAACAACAGCAACAACAACAACAUCAGCAGUUAGCCGCCCCAGCUGCUGUAGUCUCCCCCCAUUCCCCACCCAAUACCCCCCGUGAAAUCACCCCUUUCUCACAGUCUACACCUUCGCCCGCCCACCAUCGCCCCACAGACGGCACCAAAAAGUACGCCUAUCGAUAAUAAAUUACAAAUGCACCAAUAACAAAGAGAACGAUACGAUAGAGAGGGAGAACGAACACACGAGAGGCCAGGCCAGGCCAGCGAGAGUGAAAACCGUGUGUGAGAGAUAGUGUGAGAACAGUUAAGAAGAGUGAGCGGGUGGAAAGAUAAAAAACAAAAAAAACAAAAAACAGUUGACUUUGGUAUUGCUGCUGCUUGCCGUUUGGCGGCGGGCGGCCUCGUUGUUGUCGUCGCUGUCGUCGUGGUCGUCGCUGUCGUUAUUGUCGUGGUCGUCGCCGUUGUCGACGUCUGUCUCCUCAUCGACAUUCGCCUAGCCGGACGCAUACGCGUAAGAGCAAAAGCGGUUGCUCUCGAUUCCGUGUAAUUUACUUUUUUUUUAUUUCCAUUUGUUUGUUACUUUUAAAUAUUCCUUCGUCGUCUUUUUUUUUAUAUAUCGUUGUCCUCAUGUUUUAGUUAAUUCUUAACUGAACAUCCUACAAUUUUUUUAUUGCCUCUGCGUGGCUGGAGACACGAGGAGCCCAGCAAGAACUAACGGGAUCAAAGACUUAACAAAAAAAAACACAUAAAAGGAAUACCUAGAGAUAGACAGAGAGAGAGAGCGAGAGAGGAAGAGAAAGAAUACGCGAAAUGGUGGACACAAAUGCAACAUCAGCUUCGGCGGCACGUUUACGUAAAUUCGAGAGAACGGACAGUGAAUUGGCAUGCGAGGAGGCGGCACGUUUAACAGCCGAACAGAGUCCUGAAACAGAUGACAAUGACAAUGAGGAGGACAACGAUGCCGCCGAUCCCGAUGACGAUGAUGAGGACGAUGAGAGUGUCUAUGGCGAGUUACCACCACCGCCCGAUGGUGGCUACGGUUGGGUCAUUUGCUUUGCCAGUUUCAUGUGCAACAUGAUUGUCGAUGGAAUUGCCUACACAUUUGGCAUAUUUCUGGAGGAAUUCGUUGCCUAUUUCCAUGAGGGCAAGGGCACUGUCGCCUGGGUGGGAAGUUUGCUGUCGGGCGUCUAUCUGAGUGCUGGUCCCAUAGUAUCGGCAUUGGCCAACAAGUACGGAUGUCGUGCGGUCUGCAUAGCCGGAAGCAUUGUCGCCUGCAUUGCAUUUGUGUUGAGCACAUUUAGCACUUCGGUUAGCAUGCUAAUGGCAACUUAUGGAUUUUUGGGUGGCUUCGGUUUCGGUAUGAUCUAUUUACCGGCCGUCGUUGCCGUUGGCUAUUACUUUGAGACGAAACGUUCCCUGGCCACCGGCAUUGCGGUUUGUGGUUCGGGUUUCGGUACAUUCGCCUUCGCCCCACUGGCCACAUAUCUGCUGGAGGAAUAUGGCUGGAAGAAUGCUCUACUCAUCUUCGCUGGCCUAAUAUUGAAUUGUGCCAUCUUUGGUGCCAUGAUGCGACCCCUGACAUACCCAAAAAAGAAACGUGUCAAGCCCCUGAUGCAACGCAUGUACGAGGAGAAGCAAUUGCAAUUGGAACGCGGCUCAUUUGCUGGUUCACAUUUUAUGGUUCAACUGCCGGAUGGUACUAUGGAAAGGAAAAUGAAGAUGCCCCUGAAUGCUGAUCCUGGUGUCCAUUCCAGUUUGAAUUUGGAAUUACUUGCUGCUGGUGGCGGCGGCGGUGGUCUUCAUCCAGUGUCAACAUUACCAACCAUCACCGAAGCCAAAGUGGUCGAUGCAACACAAAAUGCUCAGGCCGCUCAGAAUGGUGAUGGCGGACGAUCGACACGUCGGCCACAUCGCAAUUCGGAAACGGAUCAUCAUAGUCCUUAUAGCAGCUCACAGGAUAAUGCCGCCAUGAUACGAAAUGCCUCACAACCUGCCUUCUUAGCUGGUGAUCAUCAGAGUUUGCCCAAAAAUGGUUCAGUGCCUUCAUUCAGUCGGGUGAGAAAAACUUCAGCCUCCGAACGCUAUCAGCCCUCAUUGGCCGCCAUUCGGGCCAGUUCACGUGGCGAUUUGGAAGCUGGCGGCGGCGGCGGUCCUGGAGCCGGUGAAUUUGCCUCAUCGAAAUUGUCAUUGUCCCAGCGACAGGGUAGCAGUGGCAGCGGUCGCAUGGUUCGCCCCAUGUCACGCAAGGAUAUCUUCUAUUCGGGCUCGGUGACCAAUUUACCUCAAUAUCAAUCGCAAAAAUCGUUAACCAACUAUCGCAAUUCGGUUCUAUCGUUGACCAAAUACGAGAAAAGUAUGCAGAGUGUGGCCAAAUUGGAUCCAUUGGCCGAGGCCGAGAAACAUCGCGAGGAAUAUGAUCUCUGCCCAUGCCUGGGCAUACCAGAUUCGGUGAAAUCUGUUGUCAAUACCAUGUUGGAUGUGAGUUUGCUAAAAGAUCCGGUCUUUAUGCUUAUCGGUGUAUCGAAUAUAUUUGGCAUGGCCGGAUUAUAUGUGCCAUUUGUCUAUCUGGUGGAUGCAGCCAAGGAGCAUGGCAUUGCGAAAAAUGAUGCCGCAUUAUUGCUCUCAUAUAUUGGCAUAACAAAUACCAUUGGACGUGUUCUAUGUGGAUGGGUGGCUGAUUUACCACAAGUCAAUUCGCUGCUAUUGAACAAUUGCUGUCUGGUGGUAUCAACGAUUGCCGUGACCCUAACACCGCUUUGCUAUAGCUAUACAUCGUAUAUUGUGAUGUCGAUAUUCUUUGGUAUUGCCAUAUCGGGUUAUAUCUCACUAACGUCAAUUAUAUUGGUCGAUCUUCUGGGAUUGGAUAAGCUAACAAAUGCCUUUGGUUUGCUUAUAUUGUUCCGUGGAUUUGCCGCAUUAAUUGGUACUCCGCUGGCGGGUGCCAUUUAUGAUAUAACGCAUACAUAUGAUUUACCCUUCUAUAUGGCUGGUGCCCUAUUUGGUAUAUCAGCGAUAACAAGCUUUUUGGCACCAUGCCUCAAACGAUGCAGCCCAUCGGAGGAGACGCCCGUCCAUGUGGAAACACUAACGCCCAUCGAUGAGGAACAGGAGCGCGAGGAGGACGCAUUGGCCGAAGAUGAUGAGGAUCAACCGAUAACCAUUGUGCCGAAAAUCAUAAAAACUGCAGCCAGCCCACAGCAAGAGGAGCCUCCGGCCAAAUUUCCCCAUACAACAACAUCGGAAUCCAAGCUCUAAGCUCGAGUUAAGAAUUUAGUAGGGGGAGAAGAGGACAUGAUGAUGAAACGAAUGAACAAACAAACAAAACAAAACAAAAAAACCAAGAAAAUAAUGCAAAUAAUAAGUUUAAAGAAAACGGAACAAACAAAACAACCAGAGCGAUAUUUUUUCUAUUUACUUUAUACAGAAUGAGAAGAGAAUGUAAGAGAGAGAGAGAGAGAGAGUGGGAAGAAUCCUUAUUCUUAGAAAGAGGAGAAAUGAAUUGAAGCAAAGCAGAGCGAAAGAACAAAAGGAUAUGCAUCAAAUUGGAGCAGUGCAGGAGCAUAAGAAAAAGUAUUCUGGCAGAGCACACAAAAGAUAAACCUAUCUAUAUAUAUACAUACUAAUACCUAAACUAUAUACUAUAUAGAAUUUUAAGGCAAACCUAUAUUACAUUAUAUACAUAGGUAUAUAGAAAAGCAACAAAACAUGGCUUAGCUGCUUCUCUCCUCGAUAAGAUUUACUUAUUAUGGAUGGAUGUGUAUGUAGAGAUGAUUCGGCUGAUAUAUUAGUUAAAGUUUUUUUUUUAGUUUUUUGUUUAUUUCUAUUUUCUCUCAUAAUUGGUUUUCAUUUUCUAUUUCCUUUAUUUUUUAUUUUUUUAAGAUAAGUAUUUUUUUCAUUAUUUUUUAUUGUUUUAAAACAUUUUUUGUUUCCACUUUAAAUGCAAAUGUAAAUUUUCUUUUCUUCAAUUAUUUUGUUUGUUGUAUUGAAUAAUUCUAAUUGUAAUUACUAUAAAGUAAUAUAUACACAUGUAUAUAUAUAUAUAUAUAUACAUAUAUGAUAACUACUGUUGUUGUGCAUCAAUUGUUAUACAAAAAAGCAAAAAAGAAAACUAAAACCGAAACGAAAACAAAUUCAAAAAUGGAAAAAUCAAGUAAAAAAUGUGUCAUACAAGUAGAGCCUAAGUAGGAGAGAUUCGUAUGUGGCAACAACAACAACAAAAACCAAAACAAAUCAAUUUUAUAUUAAACA